AUGGAAAACAUAAUCAAAAUCUUCAACCACCACGCUGGGAAGGAGGGAGACCCAGACACCCUGAGUCAGAAGGAAUUCAAAGACCUGGUGAAUGAUGAUAUGCCAAAUUCCUUCAAGAAAGAGGAAAAGGAUGAGAAAGCAAUGAAAGACAUGAUGGAUGACCUUGAAAUAAAUCAUGAUAGUGAGAUGAGCUUUGAUGAAUUUGUAGAGCUGUUAAAAAGGAUCUUGAUUAAAAAACAUGAGGCAUCCCAUAAGCAAGCAUUCUCACGUGGCCAUGAACACAGUCCCAGGCAUGGGGCAGGCAUCAGAAAGUAUGACAAUGGCCAUUGCAACAGCAACUAA